AUGGUUUAUGGACAUGCAGCUCAAAGAGUCCUCCCUGAGGGUCCCAUUGGACAGGAGUCGAAAGAGAACGUUGGGAUUUUUUUCAACCAGCUGCUGCCCGUAAAACUGGUCCAGGCAGUGGCCCAUCAAUCUCUGAUCAGAGACAGAGGCGCAAUUCCCCGGAGAAAACGCGACGUGCUCUUCCCCAGCGGAGUCCGGCUUUGCUCACAGGACACGAUGCAGCAAGCCAUCGCAAACCACCUCAGCUACUUCCACCUCCGAGUCUGUCAGGAGACCGUGUGGGAGGCCUUCAAGAUCUUCUGGGACCGCCUACCGGAGAGAGACGAAUACCACCGCUGGAUGGCCAUGUGUCAGGGCGGCUUGGUCACAGCCUUUGACAUUGGCAGUAACUUCAGCCAAUCAGAGGAGCACCUGCUGUUGGUCCGGAGUAGCCAUAAUGAGAUUGAGGUAGACUUGGACAUGUCGGCCAGACCGGCCAGGCCGGGAGGCGAGCAGGUGGUGGAGCUGAGCAUCCAGCUGAAGGGCGAACGCUACAGCGAUGAGCUGAAGGACCCCUCCAGCCCCCACUACCAGCGCCUGGCCCAGCAGUUCGCAGAGAAGAUUGAAGACGUUUUUGAACAGCUGCCAGGUUUUAAGAGUGUGGUUGUGCUGGAAUUCAGGGAGCACAAGGAUGCCAAAGGGGGUAGUGCCGUGGUCGUCAGAUACGCCGUAACUCUGGAGGUCGAUGCGGAGGGCAUCAGCAACGAGACCAUGGACUACAUCAACCUGCAGUCGAACAUGGUGGAGAAAUCCUACGUAGAGCUGGAGGAGAGGCCCACCGUGGUCUACACCAUCACCGACUUCCGCAACUACAUCACCGAGGCCCUGCACAAGGAGAGCAUCCUGGGAAAUACCACGCUGGCAGUGGACCCAGACUCUCUACAGCUGGAGAGCGCAGAGAAACCACCUGACCUGUUUGGCGGGGAGCUGAGCAGUAAUGAUGUCUUAGCUGGCCUCAGCAAGGAAGACUUCCUAUUUGACCCUUUCUAUUUGCCUGGUCUGAGAGGGGAGCCCCCAAGCAUGGCAGCUGCGGAGAAUGAUGUCCUUGUCCUUGAGGAGAGCCUCACGUCACCUCCUCCGGAGUUCACUGAUAAGACCUUUCAGAUGAACCCGGAGACCACCUCCCAUUUAGACACAUCUAGAACCACUUCUUCGCCUAUUGACCAGUAUAAUGGAGAUGUAGAAGAAGAGGGGUUCCUCUUCAGCAACACGGAGUCCCCAAAGAGAGAGAGUACAGUUGCAGAAAAGGGUGUGGAUGUCCCAAGUCUGGGCACAGUGGCACCUUCUGGAUUUGAGCUCACUGAGAGCAGCUUGCCUGCAGAGAUCCUCAACACUAGCAAUUACUUUGCAACAGCCGUUCCCACCGAGUUACUGGCCCCCCUGCUGGAUGAGAAGGCCCCUGGCGACCUGUUUGACAUGGGCUCGGGGUCAGGCUUCUCUGGAGGGGAAGGUGAAUUGGAUGUCUGGCCAUGGUUCAUUCUGACAACGGAGAAGCCUGAAGGUGUGGAGGUGCAGUCCGUGAUGGAGGGAGGAUCCACAGCCGAGACUGAUGAGGCGGUCAUGGAAGGACCCGCAUCUGAGAUCGAUGAGGCGGUCAUGGAAGGACCCGCAUCUGAGAUCGAUGAGGUGGUCAUGGAAGAACCCACAUUUGAGAUCGAUGAGGUGGUCAUGGAAGAACCCACAUCCGAGACCUAUGCAGUGGUCAUGGAAGAGUCGGAGGAAGAGAUUAGGUUUGAAAUCCACACAAAGCAUCAAGAAGACUUAGAUCUGGAGGUUUCCUCAUUAGAGGAAGAGUAUUACGAAUCCACCUUACGAACAGAAGUCAUCAUAGAGGACGAGGAACCCAUAGAUCUGAGUGAGGAGGAGUCAUUUUUGGACAGGGUCAUGGUGACCCAGGACAUCCACACUCACCCUCACUAUACCACCACUGAUCAGGCCCCUGUGUUCUGGACGAAAGAUAGUCUGACUGUGGAGCUGUCCAUGCAGACACUGGAGGCUUCUGGAAAAUCUGAUGAUGACAAUGUCAGUGAACCCUCAACCAUGGUGAUCCCGGUCACUGCUUAUCCUCUCCGACCCGCAGAUGUUACAACCGAGUCCUCUGUCCUGGGAGGACCAAUGCUCAGAGACUCAGAGACCACCGAUGUCACCGCUCCAGUUGUGGACACCUUUGACGUACUGGAAACCUCUUUGAUGACCGAGCCACCAGUGAUGAUGGCUGUAGAAGUCAGUCUCCCUCCACUGGACCAGGACAUAGCAUCACCAUCUGAAACCAAACCCAGAACGGAGACACCGAUCCCUGAACCUUCAGAUUUGAGUUUGGAUCCCCAUGCUUCGCAGACCUUCACAGACACCCCUGCGUCCACCUAUAAAGAGGGAGGUGGAGAGAUCCAGACAGAGCUGACAGUAGACCUGACUCCAGAGCCUCCGUCCCUGGGAAUCUCAGAGCCAGAGCCGGCUGAAGAUCACAGAAUGGUCACAGAAUUCCCGAGUCUGCCCGUCCCCACCCCUCUCUCGCCAGAGAGGGAGUCUCCGUUCACUCGAAUCUUCGACUUCGUGCCCGAAGAGGACGACUCUGAGCUGCUGCAUUCCUCAGGGAUGGACACUCCGUCCCCUGACCUCUACUCGACGGAUAAGACCACCACGGAAGUCUUACCCGAUCAUGUCCUCUACGGUGGAGUCACUCCCUCUUCACUCGAGGAAACACCUGAAGAAACACCUGAAGAAACACCUGAGGAUACACCUGAGGAAACACCUGAGGAUACACCUGAGGAAACACCUGAAGAAACACCUGAGGAAACACCUGAAGAAACACCUGAGGAAACACCUGAGGAAGUGGAAACACUAAAGGCCACAGAGGAGGAUGGAAAUAACACUUUGGAGAGCCUCGAAACAGAUGUAGCCCUCACCAUCCUCCCACCACUCGACCGACCAACCUUCAGGCCCACCGAGGGCUUGCUGGGCAUGACCACUCCGGCCGAGGAGGGCGCCGGUGACAUCAGCAUCGAUUUAGACUCCGUCGGGAGACGGGAGGACCAAGACGGUGCCGAAGUGCUGGAGACACACGGGCCAGAGUCUUUAGACUGGGACCUGGAUCUGUUCUACGACUCCUAUGACCUGCUGCAGUAUGCCGGGGCCGGUCGCCCGGAGGGCGAGGGCAGCCGGGUGCCUGCCAGCAUCGCGCAAGGAAGCGACGCGGCUAGUGUCGCCAUGCCAACUGGUAGAGGAAAGGCGCUAACCGUGUUCUUCAGGCUAAGGGUCACAAAUAUGAUGUUCUCUGAGGACCUGUUCAACAAGAGCUCCCUGGAAUACAAAGCGCUGGAGCAGAGCUUUCUGGAGCUGCUGGUCCCGUACCUGCAGUCCAAUCUCAGCAACUUCCAGAACCUGGAGAUCCUCAACUUCAGGAAUGGGAGCAUCGUGGUGAACAGCAGGAUGAAGUUUGCGAAACCUGUGCCCCGUGAUGUCACAAACUCUGUCUACAUCAUCUUGGAAGAUUUCUGCCACACAGCCUACCAGACCAUGAAUCUCGCCAUUGACAAAUACUCUCUCGACGUGGAGUCGGGCGACCAGGCGGACCCCUGCAAGUUCCAGGCGUGCAACGAGUUCUCCACGUGCACGGUGAACCCGUGGUCGGGCGAGGCGGAGUGCGUGUGCAACGCCGGCUACUUCAGCGUGGACGGCCUGCCCUGCCAGAGCAUCUGCGACGUGCAGCCCGACUUCUGCCAGAACGACGGGAAGUGCGACGUCAUCCCCGGCCAGGGCGCCAUCUGCAGGUGCCGGGUUGGGGAUAACUGGUGGUACCGCGGGGCGCAUUGUGAGGAGUAUGUUUCGGAGCCACUGGUUGUGGGCGUUGCCAUCGCCUCUGUGGCCGGCUUCCUGCUGCUCGCCUUGGCCGUCAUCUUCUGCCUGGCUCGGACGGUGCGGGAGCAGUACGACAAGGAGGACCUGGAGGACCCGCUUAGCCACGGGGACAGCGUCCCGUCGCUGGAGAGAGCCGUGAAGUACAACCAGUCGUACGAGAGCGACGCUACCUCCGAGAGCAGCCGCUACAGCCGCCAGUACCCGGGGGGGCCCUGCUACGGCACGGCCAGCCUGGAGGCCUCCCCGGACUUCAGCACCGAGGAGCUCCGGCACAUCUACGAGAACACUGAGCUCACCAAGGAGGAAAUUCAGGAUUGCAUACGGAUAAUUGAGUUGUAUUCCAGGGACCGUCAGUUUGCUGAAUAUGUACGGCAGCAUCAAGGACUGCUCCUGCUGGUCCUCAGCGCCGCGGUGCUGGUGUCCUGCAAACCCGCCAGGAAGAUACGAGAGAUAUCAGGGCUCAGGGGCUAA